AUGAGACCUCAAUCUCCCAAAUUUUUUCAAACUCAGACCAUUGCAACAACUAGAGUAGUCAAUUCUCCACCCAGAGACAAACGUCAUGAUUCUUGUGGUCGAUUAGCAAAGGUUACGACCUAUCAAUCUAGACCUAAAACAACUGUCACCACUACUACUUAUAGACCUGUAAUAGAGACUAGGACUGUGAAAUUAUGCACAGAAAAAAAGUGUUAAGGACAUGAAACUUUGAUUGAGUAAUUGACUCAAGAAAAUAAUAGAUUAAAUCAAAGAGUAAAUGAGCUUUAAAAUGAUUUAGACCUUUAGAUAGAGAAGUUUGAUAGCGAAUAAUAAGUGUGGGUAAACACUGGUAUGGAAAUAGAGAGUAUGAGAAAACUCUUAGAGGAAACUUAAAAAAAUCAUAAGCAAGAGGUGACUUAUCUAAAUUCAGAACUCAAUACCUUUAAGUCACAGUUCUAAUAUUAAGAUGAUUAAAUCAGAUUCUUAUCUUCAUAGUUAAAAUAGCAAGAAGUAUUUGAAAAUAAAAUUGCAUUAUUGAGUUCUGAGAUAGAGAGACUUCAAUUUGUAAUUGAAGAUAAAAAUGAAGGCAUUUCAUAAUUGAAAUUUAGAGUCUCAGAUUAUGAAAAGCAAUUGUAAGUGGGCUAAAACGUAAUUGAGGAAAGAAAUCAAUAAAUCUCAGAAUUAUAAUAGAAAUCCAAAAAUUAUGAAUAAGAGCUCUUAUUCUCAAAUAAUAUAAUCCAUGAGCUUAAAUUUGAAAUAACUCAAAAAGAUUCAUAGACAUAACAAAUGUUAGCUCAAAAGGAUUCUUUGAUGUAAACUUUCAGAGAGAAUUUAGAAUUAUUAGAAAAGAAAUUAGCUUAAUCUCAAUAAAAUGAAUAAUUAUAGGAAGAAUAAAUAGAUACGAUUCAAAAAGAAAGAGAAAAUUUAAAUAAUAAAAUUCAUUAACUUGAAACAGAAAUAAAUGAACAAAAAGAAUAAAAUCUUUAAUUAAAUUAAUAAGUAAUUAUUAAUGAUCAGAAUAAUUAAAAUUUGUAAAAUCAAUUAAUUGAAUAAACUCAACAUCAUGAAAAUUUAUUGUCAAACAAAGACACUGAACAUGAAUUAACAAAAUAAGAAAGGGAAGCCUUAAUUAAUCAAUUAGAAUAAGUUUAAUAAGAAAAUGUAGAUAAAACAAAAGAAAUAGAUGAUUUAAAGAAUUAGAAUCAAAGUUUGAUUUCCUAAUUACAAGAAAAGACAACUAAUUUAGAUCUAGUGUCUGAAGAAUUAGAAACAACAAAAUCAAAACUUGAUAAUUUUGAUGAAAUUAAUAAGAAUUUACAAUUAAAACUAAGCUAGAAUGAAGCCCAAAAUGUUGAAUUGUAAGAUAAUUUAAAUUUAAAAUCGGAGAGUCUAUAAUAGUUAGAAAAAUAAUUAGAAUCAUAAAUAGAAAUCAAUAAAUAAUCAUAAAAUCUUAUUUAAAUAUUAAAUUAAGAAAAAUCUGAUCUAGAAAGCAAGAACUAGUUGUUGGAAACUGAAGUUAAAUAAUAAGUGGUUUAAAUAGAAGAUCAAAAGACAUAAAUGAGUGAAAGAAUGAAAGAAGCUGAAGUAGAGUAAUAAUAACUAAAUUAAUAAAUUAAUUAAUUAAAAAAAGAGUAAGAUAAUCUGUUAACUUAAAAUAAAGAUCAACAAUCAUAAAUUACUUAAUUAUAAUAAUAAAAUGAUAAUCAUCAAUUAUGCGAAGAGAGUUUGAAAGAAGAAAAAAUGUAAUUAAUAUAAUAAAUAUUACUCGAAUGCUUUGAAAUGGAAAGAUUGAAAAUCUUAGUCACUCAAUAAUAAGAAAAAUUAUCUCAAUCUGAUAAAAUCAAAUAACAAUUAGAAGAUGAAUUUGAAAAAUUCAAAGAAAAUAGUAUUUUAAAUAGUUAGAAAUAAGAAAUAAAAUUAACAGAGUUGCAAUAAUAAAUAGAUGAAGAUAUUAAAUAAAUUGAUAGUUUAAAAAGAGAUCUUAAAUAUUAGCUGUCUUUGGAGGAAGAAUUAAAUAAGAAAAAUCAUUUCUAAUAGGAUUAGAUAUCUCAUCUGUAAGGUGUAGAGUAAUAGUUGAAGUAUCUGAACGAGUAAACUAAUUUACAAGCUAAGAAUUUAUAAAAAGAAUUAGAAAACAAAAUAGAAUCUGAAAGUUCUUUACGAUUCAAGCUUGAGAAAUUAUUAGAAGAAUUAAAAAUAAAAUAAAUGUAAUUAGUAGAGCUAGAUUCUUAAAUGAGAUAAAUUGAAUAAAGUAAUAACAUUGAGAUUUCUAAUUUGGAAGAAAAAAAUAGUUACUUAUAAAAUGAGGUAGAAACUUGGAGGUAAAAGUUCUCCAUUUUAAAUAAAGAUUAUCAUCGAGUUCAAGAGGACUUAAUGAUGCUUCAAGCAGAGUUUGAUGCACAUAAGAAAAGAGGUUAAGAUCUCAAAAAUGUUAAAGAAUCCACCUAUUUUGAAGUAAGAAAAUCCUCUUUGUAUAAAGAGAACGUAGACAUAAAAGGAAGCUAAACUUCAAUAGGAAGAAUUUUCAAAGAAAAUAUCUGA